GAGGGCGUGCAAAGAGCGGCGAGCCAACUUUCACACGGCGACGCGGGCGUAAAAACCACUAUGCGACUUUUCAACUGUGCGGCGGGCCCAAGUCACAGUCCAGGAGCCCGACUCUAGCGGAUGGCGAGGGGAUGGCGCGCGCGCUUAAGCGUCCGCCCAGCAGAGGAGCGUCUGGUCCACAGCCCGAUCUUCUAGGUCCCCGGCCCGGAGCCGCGGCCCCACGCCCGCCCCGCCUGCCGAGCCUUCUGCAAGGCACUUGAAGCGAAUGAAUCAGCCGCGGCCGGGUGCGCGGCCACCACGUUUCCUGUUUUCUUUCUCAACUCCUUUGGCGGCAGGCGCAGCGCGGCUCCAACGCCGCAGCUUUCCGGGAACACUCCCCCUCACGCCCCUCUCGGCCCUCAGCGCCGCCUGGCUCCUCCUCAACCCCCUUACGAAAAGAUUCCGAAUUGCAAAAGCCUGUCCAUGCCACCCGCCGUGUCCUUCCCCUCGGGCUCUGCCCCGGGGGCCCCGCCACCUAGCACUGCCAUCCCCCGAGCAGCCGGGCGCCACUCUCUUUGAAGUGCAGCCGAGGAGGCGCGGCGCGAGCGUGUGUGUCUGUGGGGCUGCUGUGGGACUGUCUGUGCUAGGAGAGCGGCGGAAAACCCGGCGUGGAGCGCCUGCAGCCGGCUGCCCGGGGUCGCGCCCGCUGCGGGGCUUAGGAGGGACCGGCGCGCAGGCGCGCACGGACGCGCACCUGCCCCGCGGGAACCCCGUGCAGCCCACUGAGCCACUGCCCUCCAGGUUGUCCCGACCGCAGGAGCCUCUGCGUCUCCAGGACCAGCUGCUUCCUGCGAAGUUUCACAAACAAGAUUUGAUUGAAAAUGGCCCAUGGAGUACAACCACCUGGGAACACAUCCUUGAGAAAGACAGUUGAGGCUUAUUGCCUAAACCACAGGCUACUGAAAACUUGGCCAAAGGCGACUACUCUAGACUGGUGACUUCAAAAGUGCUGAUGAAUACAGUGAACCGUGAAAGAUGCAUGAUUUGUUUUGAACAUUU